AUCCUCUGAAAUUGUCGUCGAAAAUCAUUCUCCCAUACAGUUUUAUGGCAAUUUGAUUUAGUUCCAGGCUCAAAUCAAAAACCAAUACCCGGACUCCUCUCUUCUAGGUGCUCCUUCGCAGGGAUUUUGAGGGGAGUUUGGCUUUGAUUUUGUCACUGUCGAUUUGCUCUUUCGGCUGCGAGCUUCAGGCGAAGCUCUAGCGAUCCCCUCCGGUCAUUUUUCGAUCUUCUUGCCACCUCCUUACCUUCCUCUUCGAUCCUACUUUGUUUCUCCAUGUGUGUUUCCAUCCUUUACUUGGUUAAUUUUGGAGAAUUGGAUCUAGGGUUCUUAGCUUAGAAGAAUUGGGAAUUUUUGAAAAUAUGAUGAUGAAUUGCAUGUGGCUAAAGUGCUUGACUGGAUGAUUGAGCCUUGGUGAGCAAGAUUUUGCAUAAUAUGGUGUUUGAAUUAGACAUGCCCACCAAGUUUGUGCUUUGAAUGUGUGACCUUGAUACACUUUUGUUCAUGUUGAAUGGUGACCUUCAGGGCGUGAUCUGAGCUCGGCAUUUGCAAUCUUGUUGAUCUAUGAAACACCUAGUUUCAUGCCUCAGUGUUCUUGUGGGUUGAUUAAGAUUAAAUGUUUGCCAUCUGACCUUGUGAACUUCAAUGACCUCGAGUCUCACUACGUGUUCGAUAGGGUUUGCCUACCCCGGUACCGUCAUGUUUGUUAUGACCCUAAUCAUACCACGACAACGAUGCUUGUCACGUCCUAAUCCUUUUUAACCAAACAUAUGAAACUAUUGCUCCGGAGCUUAGUAAAAUUUAUUAAAAAUCAAAGCAAAGAAAACAAAAGUGAAUCAUUUCUUACAAUUCAAAUGUAAAUCUCUAAAUAGCCGGGGAACUUCAAUUCGUGAAUCAUAAAACAGAGACUUUGAAUCUCCAAUUUAUACUCAUCAUCAUAAAACAACACAACUAAACCAUUCCAGUUGCGGCUUCUUAUUGUGAUCCUUCCCGUGACAUUUUCAAUUAUGAUGCUACCGCUUGUCUCGCACUAUCUUCUCUCGAGCAACUCACUCUAUAACCUUUGCACUACCUGGUGAGGGAGAAGGGUCAGUAUACGCCGCUACGAAAAACUUAAUAUUAAAAUAAACUUAAAUAUUCUCUUUUACUUUGGAGGAGUUGUUCUUACUCCCUCCCUGCAAUGUUGUCCUUUAAAUGAAUUUGUGAGAGUUGCUAUUACUCACCACCCUUAAACUCUUUUUUUUAAUGAAACCACCCUUAAACUCAAAACUAGACCACUCGUUAACAUUUGAUCACCUCGUUGAUAAUUUUGAUGCGAUGGAAUGUUGUCUCGGCAAGGGAGAUAUAACUUUGAACGGAGAGUGACAGAAUUAUCGUUUUGACAUUCGCUCAAAUAUUUGUUAUCAAUUUGUUACAAGUUAAAAAUCUGUAACCGUUUUGUCUUUUGUGAUAAUUACAUCGUGGUGGAAACAAAUUUUAAAAUGAUUCUCCAUUUUGAAUUUCACGUUUCUUCUUUGAUUUAAAAUCAGAUUGGAUAAUCUAAAAGGAAUGGUCAACACUCAACAGACAAAUUUCUUUCCAAGGAAGCAUAAGCAAUGUGGAAAAAAAAACUUUUAUUUUUUUGCAUUUUAAAUGGCAUACAUGAGAAAAGGGAAGAAAUCACACGAACAUGACAAAAUUACCCUCCAAAAUACGAAAACCCUAAAAUGUGGAAAAUCCCCCUUUUCCCCUUUUCCGCUUUCCCCGUUCUCAAACUUCUGCUCUGACUCUCAACUCUCAAGUCUCGCCUUCCUUUUCUUCCCUCCCUCCCUUCUCUCUCUCCCUCUUCUCUGUUCCCUUCCUUCUCACAUACGGAGCUGCUCGUUCCUUGAGGAUCAAGAAGAAGAAGAAUCAGCAAAACCUGAGCCGAAAACCGGAAAGAAGCAGGGCACAGUUUUUCCCCCGGCGAGGAAAUGGGCAAGUACAUGAAGAAAACCAAAUCGCCGGUGGCUAUGGAGCUCUCUCACUCUUCCUCUGCCACCUCCACCAUCCGCACCCGUGCGAAAACCCUAGCCCUUCAGAGGCUUCAACAGUCUCUGUCCCCGCCCAAGACCACUACCGAGGUCGAUGAUUCGUCCUUAUCCUACCUCCAGCUCCGGAGCCGCCGCCUCGAGAAACCUCCUUUACACUCCCGGAAGGACCCAGAUGAAAUUGGCGUUCCCAGAGAGGGUUUGAGGUGCAAAACCCCAGGUUCGAAGAAGGUUCGAGUGAGCACGGAGCCCAAGUCGUCCGGCGGGAAGAUUCUCAGGGUGAUGGAAGGGGAGUUGUUUCGUUCUAGCCCGCCUGAGGAUUUUGGGGUUGAGGGCUCUUUUGGAGAGAACUGCUCGGAGUUCGAAACUAGAGAAAGGAGGAGCACCAGAGAAAGCACACCAUGUAGCUUGAUAAGGCACUCUGAUAGUGUGGGGACCCCUGGUUCAACAACAAGGCAGGGAGCUUCCAUGGUUACUAGCAGGAGAGUUAGUAAUGACACCCUGGGGAACUUCCCUACUACUCAAGAAAUGGAUGACUUUUUUGCCAGUCAAGAAGAGCAGCAGCGGAGACUAUUCAUAGACAAGUACAACUUUGAUGUGGUGAAUGAUAUACCCCUCCCAGGGCGAUACGAAUGGGUUCAAGUUAUUCGCUGACUUAGUAUUUUGUCAUUAGGAGGGGCAUUUAUCAACCCCCAACUUCUUGGUGACGAAGUGUUUUGUGUAGCGGCAGGUGUGGUGUUUAAACUAAGUUAGGUUCUGGAAAAGUUAUAUUCCGUCGCCCUUCGAAGCUCAUGUAAAGGGAAAUGGAGCUUUGGAAGGAUGUCUAAUUCAAAGAAGUGCAGCCUAACAGAGGUGAUGUUGAUGAAUAAUUUGGAGGAGGAGAAUGAGGAAGAGUAGUUAGUAUGUCAGAGGAGAUUAGAACUCUAACUUUGUAACUUUGUAGGAGACUAUUGUGUAAUAGCUAGAGAUGUUCUGUUCUCUUUUAUUUUGCCAGUUAAUGAAAAGCUAGGAUUGCCUUUUGCUGUCUUGUUUCCUGAUAAUUUCAGCUGGUAGUCCAUAUAAGGGAAGAGCCAUUAUUGGUCUUAUGGAGAACAAUAACAGCCCAUUUAUCUGUUAUGUUCAUGUGGGUUUUUGUCUCUUCAUAUCAUACUUUUCCUUUGUCCCUGCAAGGUUGGUUUUUGUCAUCACAUUUCUUUUGUAAGCAGGAGUAAACUACAACAGAAGGAGGGGCAUCUCUUAAUCCAGUUUCACUUGUGAUGGUGAUGUCUGUGAGGUUUGCAAAUCUAUAGAUAGAUUGUACUCUACUGGCCUUCUCAUAUUGGUCACAUGCCCCAGCACUGUUCAUAAUUGGGGGGACAGUGAGUCUAUUUUUGUGGAGGACAGCCAAAUCUGUCUGCUUGUCUGGUGGACUGACUCUGGUUUGGAUUGGUAUGGUUCUCUUCUUUUUACUGGUUUUUACCCCCAGAAAAUAAUAAGUUGAAGACCCCAUUUUCAUGAUUAAGUAUUCAGUUUGUGGCAGAAGCAGUUGACAGUUUGCAGCUGAAGACGAAGAAGGAGACAUUUACUUAUUUACUCUUAUGAUGAAUGUUUCUAGAUGCUGAAUGCUGAUGGAUGUCAAAACUCAAAACGACUUGUAACUUUGGUUGGUUACUGGGUUAGGUUGAUAUUCACUUUGCUUAGGGGGGCUUAUUUAAGUGUCAUAUGAUUGAUGGUGGUGACAAACUGCAAUUCGGUUAGAAUGUUUACGCCUUUGACGUAAAUAGGUGUGGUCAAAUUGCAUGCAUUGGUGCCUGGCGUGUUACAAUAGUGAUGGAUUUGUGGCGGAUUUCUCUAAACUAUUUUUAUUGUUAUUCUCAUUUUUAAAUAUUCAAAUUCAUACAUAUUAGUAUUCAUGCGGAGAAGUUUUGUAAUCCUAUACGGUUGGUUUCGGGUACUCUUGGUAAUACUUGUCCCUUAUAUCUAAUAUUGUUAUACCUAGAUUCAACAUAUGUAGAUCUUCAAAGAUACAAUCAUUCAAAGUAAACAAAUCAUUCUCUCUGACUCCAGCGUAUCUACCAAGCAAUAUAUCACUAACAUAAUCUUGUUAACAAAGGAGAAAGAAGUGAAUGAGUGAGUGACGAAUUGAGGGAAAUAAAUUAGUGUUUGGUUUGGAUGGUUGAUGCGACUUUAGUAUAUCACAAAGUAAUUAUCCUACAAAUGCCUAGGUAGUACUCCACAUGGUCUUCCAAUAGCCACUACUUUGUAACUAAUUGUUUAUACUUUAUACUCAAACAAAGAUGCAAGCAAAGAUAAAAUCAAUGGGUUGAGGUUCUCUAUUUUUAGUAGGUUUUUCAUAUAAGACAAACAAGUAAAGAUAGAUAGACAUAUAGAUAGGUAAGUAAAUAAAGGAUAGAUAA